CUGAAACGGGGGCCAGAUGGUCUGGAACGCGGGAAUGGUUCAUGUCUGGACCAAAUGAUCCUUGUAGACAUUUGAUACGAGUGAUCCUACAAGGGAAGAAGUCCUUCCGUCUACAGAAAAGAUUAAGAAAGGGCGAAUAGUUAUCUUAUUUGGUAAAUUUUAUCAAGCAUUUCUCUCUAUGUAACACUUCUUUGAAUGGAAUGGCAAACGUAGAGCCAAAGUAACAGAAUUGUCUUUGCAGAACGUAAACGUUAUGGCGAACUCAGAAAACGGAGGAAUUAUCGCAUCAAACGAAAGCGUGCUACUGGACGUUCUGAAGAGAAAGGACACCAAUGGACAGUUUGAGAAUACUCAGAUGGAGGAAUGGUACCAACGUGCAUUCUCUAUGAAGCAGUGUGCAUAUUUCAUUACCAAAGACGAUUCGCAGAAGCAAAGAUGCUGUUGCGGACGUCUACGUUACGAGCACAAUGAAUGGAUCGAUGGUGGUUUUGGAAAUGAAUGGUCUGCCAUAAGACAUGUGAAGGAAAGCCCAACUAAUGCUUUUGGCCAGGUCAGCUUUAGUCCGAAGCAGCAUAAUGCUUCCCUUGGAGCAGAGUACGUUCGGUUAUCCGAUUCAACAAAUGUUGAAGCUAUAUGGAAUAUGAUGAAGAAUUUUUGGUCAUUGAAGGAACCUAAAUUGAUACUCUCAAUUAUCGGAGGAAAUUCAAGUACUGACAUUGACUUAGUCAUCAAGCAGUCACUGGAAAAUGGUCUUGCAAAGAUAAUUGCGAUGACAGACAUCUGGCUAUUUACUUCUGCAACCAAAGCAGAAAUUACGAAACUGGCAGGCAAAGUGUUUCAAGAAAACUAUCGCAGAGAUAGAUCGACAAAAAAUGCUUGCAUAGGAAUUGCUCCGUGGGGAUGCAUUGCAGAAAGAGAGCAACUGACUUCUGAAGAUUUUAUUCAAGAUGUUCUUUAUGCUCCUUCGAGUAACAUGUUGGAGGAGAAAACAAUUUUGGAAGAGCAUCACACGCAGUUCUUGCUGGUUGACAAUGGGACGAUUAAUCAAUUUGGAACAGAACGGAAACUAAGAGCGAAACUAGAGCAGUUCCUCAACUGUCCUGCUGAUUCGAAAUCGAUACCAUAUGUAAACUUACUCGUCCAUGGUGGAUACAAUGCCUGUAUGCAGAUGAAAGAGAAUCUUGCCCGCCAUCCAGUGAUACCGACCGUUAUUUUAAAGUAUAGUGGAGGCUUAGCAGAUAUUCUUGUUGAUGCCUUAGAUGCUCACAAAGAAGAAGGAAAAACCGGCCACAAGCUCUUAAACCACAUUGCUGCAUCAUCUGCAAAUUCGUUUGCGCAUGUCAGUCCUGAGAAGCUUCAUACGCUCAGGGGAGUAAUAAAAAAAAUUGUUGAGGAGCACAACGCUCAGGUCAUUAUAUGUGAUCCAAAAGGAGAUCCAUAUGGACUUCAUCAUGCUAUAGUCGAAGCUUGUAAAAGUUCGUCACCGGCUAGAGAUAUUGGAUUUAAAAAGCUUCAGUUAGCCAUUCAACUUGGAGAAAUCGAGACGGCAAUGCUCAAUAUACAAUCAAGUGGAAAAGAUGCAGGUUAUUUGGAGGGAUUACUUUAUAAGUCAAUAAAGACGGGAAAAGGCACGUUUGUUGAAUUUUUGCUAAAUUAUGGAGUGAGCUUGGAAAAAUUCUUCAGCAAUGAGAAAAAAUAUCUUCAGAAGUUAUACAAAAAGAGAUGCUUACACGGGGGUUUUUUGAGAACUUUGUUAAGCAAUAAUGAAAUAAAACAGGUAGAAAAUUCAAGAAAAUUUGAUAUGAGAAUUCUUGAUAAACUGUUGUACAAAUUGAUGCAAGGGGAUUAUACAAACUGCUUUAUUGAGAGGGUCAGUCUUGAAAAUAAAGAAGAGGUGGGAAUGUCACCCUCUCAACAGUUAAUGAUUUGGGCAGCAUUGAACAAAAUGCAUGGGAUGGUUGAAUGCUUCUGGAAGUUCGAAACCGAUAAGGCACUCGAAAAUGCACUUGUGCUGUUUCGCAUUUACAAGAGAUUGGCAACAGAAGAUUCUUUGGACGAGAUUGACUGCGAGGAAUUGAAAAAAAUGUCAGAGACCUACGAAAAGAGAGCAGUCGAGUUGCUAUCAUUUUUCUACAAACAAAACUGCAAAUCAACUUUAGAUGUUGUGAAAUCUCGCAUUCCUCUAUGGGGUUUUAAUAAUAUGGUCACGCUUGCUGCAAAUGGUGUUUCACGUAAUUUUGUUGCUCAUUUGUGCUGCCAAAUCUAUUUAGAAGACGUUUGGCUUGGAAAGUGUGAAAGAAAUACGGUUAAAUCAACACUGGCUCAGUUGAAACUUCAAAGCAGGCAUAGACCGGCCCAGUCACAUGCUGGAGUGGCUGCAGAUCGAGAGGAGAAGUAUCGCCCUACAGAUAACAAAGACGAAACUGAUGAAGUCAAGAUUCCAAGGCACAAACGUUGGGGACAAAAUAUAGUUGAUUUCUUUCGUUUCUUUGUCUUCGUCCCCAAAGGCAAGCUUUUCCUCCACGAGUUCAUUUUUACACUCUUCCUUGUACUGUUUGCCUACAAUGUUCUUGUGAAGAAAGGCCAAUAUCACAACCCAUUUCGGUAUAUUGUCUUCACGAUAGUAACGUCAUUGGCAAUCGACGAAAUUCGUGAGAUUGCAGAGAUGAGAAAAAGAAGCGUUUGGCUGAAACUACGAGAUUGGUUUAAAAGCGUUUGGAAUAAACUCGAUGCUUUGGCAAUAACACUGUUCUACGUGGGAUUUGCAUUUGGUUUCUAUGAUUUCAAAACUGCAGAAAGGACCAUCAUGGCAAUUGAUCUCGUUAUUUGGGUCGUCAAGUUCGCUCAGUUUUAUCGGAUGUUCUACACUCUUGGACCAUACCUCAUCAUGAUUUACAGAAUGAUGUUUCACAUGAUCGGCUUUGUACUGGUGCUCGUGAUUGCUGUCAUUGCAUACGGGAUUUUCAUGCACACACUACUGUUUCCUGAGGUUGACAUUUCCUGGGAAAUCCUAUUUCAGCUCCUGUUUCGGCCAUAUCUACUGGUGUUUGGAGAACUCGGGAUCAAUAGUUAUUCACUAUCAAACAAUUCAACAGUGUACGGGACAAAGAAGAUCAGCAAAUCAACUGAAAUCAUCGUUGUUAUUGGCAUGUGUGUUUACUUGCUAAUGGCCAAUGUGCUGUUAUUAAACAUGCUCAUAGCUGUUUUCAACAAUAUCUAUGAAGAUAUUAAAGAGAACUCUGACAAAAUAUGGAAGUAUGACAAAUACGACAUGAUUAUGGAGUUCAAGAACAAGCCAGCACUACCCAUGCCAUUAUCGAUAUUUGCAAACAUUCCAAGGAUUCUCUUUCAUUUGUGCAAAAAUAAGGCCAACAGAUCUUACGUACAGGAAGGCAUAGAUCAAAUUUUGGACAUGAAAGAUUUUCAAAAUCGUUGCUCUAGAGGUUUUCUUAGAGAGCCGGAAAAAAUUUCAGAUCUUAGAGAAAGUAUGACUUCGUUGUUUGAAAGGAUGGAUAAUCUUUCAAAAACUCUUGCAGAGCUUGACGAAAGAACAGAAAAGUCAUUUUCUUUCAUUACAAAAGCCCUGAAGAAAAUCGCAGGCUGACCUUUUUCAAGCAUGAACUGUCAACUUUUUAAUGAUUUUUAUUAGAUUAAUAUUUUGAUACGGUCUAAAGGUUUAUAAGGAUAUUCUAGCAGUUAGGUUGACAUUAUUAAUCAUUGUAUUGAAAUCGUCAAAAUUUUGCCAAUCAACUUAAUAUUUAGUCCAUUAACAUUAAAAUUUAUUUCCGAAAAGUUAUUAAUUUCAUGAAUGCGAACAGUCUGUCUGGUAAGCAAAAAAAGGAACUAAGGAAAUGUUUAAGAUCUGUGAUUUUCCAUUAUUCUUUGUUGCACAUAAGAAACUCAGGUACUCUAAUUUUUCUAACCAUUGAAACGCAUAAUAUUUUGCUAGAUUUUGAAUAGUUGGAUGAGAAAAGUGGGUGGCUUGAUUUCAAUCUCCAGAGAGGGUUCAUAAAAAUGGGGAUAAAGUUUUAAAGCAAGGAGAUAAGUGAUAAAAUCUCCUAGACAUAAUCAGGCACAAUUUGAACAUUUUUGGUUCAAGACAAAAUGACUGGUUUGGUUAGGUCAUCGAUCUUUCGUACAAAAGAAUAUGAUCUCCUUGGCGAGUAGCAACUAUUGGUAUGAAUGUAGCUGCAAAGCUAGUUAAUGGUAUGAAUGUAGCUUCAAGCUAAUUAAAGCAAAUCAUUUAUUAAAAUGAAUAUCGAAAUCAUCUUAUUCCUCCUACUUACUCCUCCUAGAUACUGCUACUUAAGUUUUUUCUUUUUUGUAACACUUUUUUGUAACAUUAUGUAUACGUGUAGUGUUCCUAGUCGUUAGUCUAGUUACAUGUAAUGGUUAUUGGGUUGUCAUUGUCCUUUGCCAUCCAUGGUAUCGUACCUGUAGUAUUGUAGAGUAAUUGGAAAGUGUAACAGAAUGUAGUUUGCAUCGUUAUAUGUUACCUAGAUAAAUAAAUAGUUUACAUUUUUCACCAGCAUUUUUCUACAGCAUUUACAAAGAACUAUAAUACAAAAAUAUGAUUAGCCAUAAAAACCCUAAAUUAAUUACGAACCUCUUACACAAUCUACAGUCGCAGUUACUAGAUUGAUGCUGUAUUAGAAAAUUUACUCAAGAAGUUCUUUGAUUUCUACGAAAAACAGGACCAAGUAUAACAAGAAACAUAGUUAUAGCAAGAAAAAGCAUGCAGGCCAAGUAAUACUUUCUUUUUCUAGAACUCAUACCAUGUCUAUUAUUUUCCUCUGUUUUCAAGUACCAUGAGAAUCUAUGAGAAUUUUCAUUUCACCCAAUUUAUGGGACGAAUGUUGUCAGAAUGGUCACUUGCCCAGUUUUUG